UCCUCUGCUUUCUUUCAGCCAUUGGCACUACACGUGGGUAGAGGGAGGGGCUUGAAUCAAGCCCCUCCUAUUUUACCCCUCCCACUUCAAAAUGGCUACCAGUAGUGAAGAGAUGAUUAUAUCAGAGGACAGUGUCCUAGUUGACGAGACCUUGUUGGCUGAAGGAUCUCCUAGAAGAUUAUCAACCAGUCCUUCAUCUUCUUCUUUCUCUUCAGAGGAGGAGGAGGAGGGAGCUACUGCUAAAGGAGCCAUUGAUCAGUUUGGUAAUCUCUCUCACUGGAUCUCUUGUUUCUGUGUGGUCACCUUUGACCUUGAAUUAGGACAAGCCAUUGAGAGUAUUUACCCACCGACUUAUCAACUGUCAGAUACUGAGAAAUCUAACGUGUGCUAUCUUGCUUUUCCUGACUCUAAUUCAGGGUGCAUGGGUGAUACACAGUAUCAUUUUAGGAUUCGUUGUUCCGGUCCUGGGGCAGGAGGGACUUCAUUAAAGUUCUCUUCUGAUCACAUCGGAGCACCUCUUGUUCUAACACCUGAUGAGUCUCAUUAUUACGGGUUUGUCUACUUCAGACAGAUAAAGGACUCUGACAUUAGGAGAGGAUACUUUCAAAAAUCACUGGUUCUCCUGUCACGCCUACCUUACAUCACGUUCUUCACUUAUCUGAUUGAAAAAUUAGCUCCAGAUUUUUUUAAGAAUGGACUUCCAUCAUUAGAAGCUGCUUGUCACAACAUUAACAAGUGGCCUCCCCCUAGACCUGGACAGCUGCUACAGUUACCUUUAUUAGGACAACUAAUUUAUGUUAGAAUUCCAUUAAAAACUGACAAGCCGGAAUCAUCCAAUACUAUGAUGCCUGACACAUUGGGAAAAUCUUCAGCUAUGGUUGUCAUACCUUCAGUACACGAACUCAAUCUGUACCAAGCAUUACAACCUGUUUUAUCACAUUUUGAAUCAAUUUGGGAGCUAAUCCUUCUUAACGAACCUCUUGCUGUGAUGGGCUCCUCCCCCACACUGUGUGCUAACACUGUGCAAGCACUCGUUAGUUUGAUUCAUCCCUUGAGAUACAGCACUGACUACAGGCCAUACUUUACUAUUCAUGAUUCAGAAUUCAAACACUACACCACAAGAACACAGGCCCCUCCCCAGGUAUUGCUAGGAGCUACUAAUCCUUUCUUUACAAAGACACUGGAGCACUGGCCACACUUAAUAAAGAUUACUGAGUUAGAUGAUAGACAACCAGUGGCAAUGUCAGCAAGAAGAAAGACAAUGAUUGAAUUGACUGACUCUAAACCAGGGUUCUAUAGUAAAUAUAAAAGCCACGUUACUAAGGAUAAGCUGUUCAUCAAGUUACUCCACUCUAAGACCAGCCUGGGGGGGAAGAGACCAUUAGAAGUGCAGAAUGCAAUGAUUAGGAAACACGCCUUAGAGCUGACAACAAACUUCAUUAUCCCACUGGAGAGGUACCUAGCAGGACUGAUGCCGUUGAAAAGAGAUGUGUCACCUUGGAAACCACCUCCUAAAUUAAAGGACUUUAAUGAGGAUCAGUUUUUAAAGAUGGUUGAAGGAGGAGGCCCACAAAUGAUGAGUGGACUCAAAGGGAACUGGCUCCCAUUAUACAGACAGUUUUUACGUUGUCCAAACUUUAUUUCUUGGUAUUCUGCAAGAAGAGAAGAAGCCAAUCAGAAAUUAAGAUUAAUCCACCUCGACAUACUCUGCAAAGCUGAUGUGUUGUUUUGGAUGAAAGACAAGCAGGAGAUAGAAAUAGUUGACUUUCUAUUGCAAGUCAAGCACUGCAUAUCAACAGCAGCUGUUCAUCAACCUCCAGUCUCUAGACAGACAGUACAAACCUUGCAGAGAUUAAUUCAAAGUGUAAUACUUAAGCUACCGGUUGACCUUCAGUCUUGUUUGAAGACAACCUUUGGAGAGAGUCCUUCAUGAUUGCUGGACUGAUGUGUUACAUUAUAAUGUUAUCAAUUAAUUUUACUCAAUUUCUACUUGAGUACUUGUGUGGAUUAUUAUUUAGUGGCUAUUGUUUGUUUUUCAUGUUUUUAGUUGAUAUAGACUAACUUAUUCAUUA